AUGGCAGAAAAUGUCAUUAACUCUGACCGCAACUUGCCUGAACCACCCAGAGCCAGGCUACACACCAUCCCUGACGGCCAAGGUCAAAGCCAUUGUCCCAGAACACGAGCUGCUGCUCUUGGAGCUGUCCUGCUUGUGAUCAUCCUCCUGCUGGCCAUAGCCCUGUAUCUGACACUCACCACGGGCAGCCAACAGGACUCAACAGCACUGACCUUCAGCAGCCAAAAUGUCUCAGCACCAUUGUCCCCCAGCAGCCAAGAGGAAUCAACAGAGUCACCCCCCAGCCAUGAGGAGGCACCAGGAAGGAGUUGUUGUUCCACAACUCGAGUUGCUGUCCUGGUCACUGAGAUAAUCGUGCUCCUGCUCAUUGUUGUGUGUCAGGUACUCCCAUGUAAAAGCCAUUGUUCCAGAAAACAAGUGUCUGUCCUGGUUGUUGUCCUGGUUCCCAUUGUAGUGGCCCUCACCCUGUCUUGGACACUCCCACAUGGUCAAACUGCGGGCAGCCGAAAGGGCUCAACAACAUUGUCUCCCACCAUUCAAGAGGACCCAACAACAUUGUCUCCCACCAUUCAAGAGGACCCAACAACAUUGUCCCCUACCACUCAAGAGGACCCAACAACAUUGUCCCACAUCCCUGAAAGGACACCAGGUAGGCAAUCCUCUGUCUUUCCAAACGGAGUUGCCAGAAGUCUGUUGGAUUGA